AACCAAUAAGCGCAGUGUUGCUAUGCCUUAUCGCUGUAUUGGUUGGCGGACACGGCUGUCAAUUUGUCUUCAGACGAAGUACAGUGUGGUUCUGUGCAAUUACAUCAAACUCAGUCUGGGCACCGCGCGCUUAAAAACAUUGCGUCUGCACGACUUGCCAGUGCUGGAGAGGAAAUUUACCUCGAAAGGAAUGCGAAGAAGGAUUUAGGUUUGGCAUUGCUACGAGGAAAACGAGGAGGUGCGACUUUUUAAGUGAUCAACAUAUUUUUCUUCUAUUCAAAGGUGUGUGCCUCCCGCCCCGCCCCCCACAACGGCCCUCACCUGUGUGUUGCGGUGCUUCCCCUGCGAGCCUAGCUGGGCCGGCAGCCCCUUCCUGCACCGUCCCCCCACCCCGCCACACCCGAUGGUCAGGAUGACGCGCUCCAAGACCUUCCAGGCCUACCUGCCCAGCUGCCACCGAACCUACAGCUGCAUCCACUGCAGAGCGCACCUGGCCAACCACGACGAGCUCAUCUCCAAGUCUUUCCAGGGGAGCCAAGGCAGAGCUUAUCUGUUCAACUCAGUGGUGAACGUGGGGUGUGGGCCGGCGGAAGAGAGAGUGUUGCUCACGGGGCUGCAUGCUGUGGCAGAUAUCUACUGUGAGAACUGCAAGACAACUCUGGGUUGGAAAUAUGAGCAUGCCUUUGAGAGCAGUCAGAAGUACAAGGAGGGCAAGUUCAUCAUUGAGCUGGCCCACAUGAUCAAGGACAACGGCUGGGACUGAAAGACGAAGCGUCGUCCAUGACUCGGUUGGGGGUUGAAUGGGGGUGGAUGGGAGGGAAGGAGGUGAGUGUGUGGGUGAGUGUGCGACUUUGAUUUACCAUGGACCUCUGUCCUCCUCUCCGUUCACCCUCCCCUCCUGAUGACACACACCAGCAGCCUCCAGGGUGGAGGUAGUAGGGGAGUGUGGGUGAGGCUGUAGUAGCAGCCUGACCUGCCCCUCUGGGCUCUGUGUGUGUCUGGACUGGAGGAGGAUGUCAUUUGGGAUGGAUGGACACCACCAGACACACACGCAAUGGCAAGCAAACACACACCCACACACACGUGCAUACACACACACAAACACAAACAGCCAUGCAUGUCCCAGACCAACAUCCCAGCCUGAUGGGUAGCUCUUCAGAUAGAGAGCCUGGCCAAGGCCAGUGUUGUUGUGUUACUAUCUAUGUUAGGGCUGGCUGGCCUGAAGUGUGAGGAGGGACCAGGCCCUGGCAUGGUCAGUAGCCUUGGGUUAAAGAGCUGAUGGGAGCUCUCGUCUGUAUGUGAAUGAGAUGGCCUAAGAUGAUUAUCCCCAAAUCCAGCUGAUCUGAUCCACCCAAGGCUGUGCCAGCUGAAACAAUGAUGAGGCCUGGUGUUAAGGUUUGGCACUGAGGCCUGUGGGGGCUGGGCGGGGAAAGGGUUGAGGGGAGGAGGGUCAGGGAGAGGGCAGGUCCUGAUUAUGGAUUCUAAUCCACCCUGGUUGUGGGGUUGUAGUAAAAGCUGGUUGCACAGCCGUGUGACCCACUCCAGGUCUUACCGGCAGCAGUUUUUGUUGUGAGAGUCAGGAUGAUAGGGAGUGUGAAAGGAUUCAAGGAUAUGUCUAAACUCUGAGAAGAAUCUGAUCAGUCAGUGCUUUGGCAUUCUCCAUCAUCCGUAGAUGCCUGAAAUCAUGUCUUGGGAUGUUUGGAUCCUUCAUGUGUUGUGUCUGAUGUAAAUUAUGAUAAAUCUACCAUCACCACUUUGGAUUAAAUUUGAACUAUGGAAUUGAACAUCUUUGACUUUUGAAGCUCUGACUUGAACAUGCUUGGAGAUUGGUUCUAGUGUUUUGGCCUGGUGUGGUAACUGAAAGCGGUUGGGAUGUGAAGGCCUUUAGGAGAUGCUCAUAUGAAGUUCUGAAAAGUUGACGUUCUGAAGCUUUCUUUCAGUCUGGGAUGACCAUAGCAGUUCAUAGAUUGUUACACACACUAACUUACUACCUGGCCCUCACUUAAAACACUGAACAGCGAAGCCGUACAGUAGACCUGUGGAUUUUUCUAAACAGAAGCCAACUAAGCAGCACAACUAAUCAAACUAAUCUUCCUGGUAUCUACGACAACUGACUGACAGUCGAGACUUCCAAUCAGAGUCUGUAGAAGUCCCUAGCACAACCAAAGAACACACCCAUCUACAAUAAAUUGACCAAACACAAGAUACAUUUUUUUUUUGCUUAGGUCAAAGUGUUGCAAAACGUGGGGUUGAGAAUUGUUGUUGAAUGCCAAGGUUAUGGAUAACCUUUCUCUGUGAUAUAAUGCAUUAUGAUUUUUGUAAAUUACAGAUCUUAAUAUAUACAUAUUAUAAUUUAUGUCAAUCUCUGACUGUGUUACUAAAUGUAAAUAGUAAUAUGUAAUGUCUCUUUUAUCUGUGAUCGUCAUGAUUAUGAUUUGGAUUCUUGCCAUGCUUUCUCUCUGGUAUAUCCCUCGUCGGUUGAAGGAUAUUUACUACUUUUUUACUCUUUGAAAAUGUUUCAAUUUUAGUGUCUUUUGUAAAGGAGGAGAUAGGAGUGACAAUAUCAUUGGAACUUGGUCAAUUAAAGCAUCACCUUGAUACCUGUA